AUGACAGAGGUGGUGCCAUCCAGCUCCCUCAGCGAGGUCAGCCUGCGUCUCCUCUGCCACGAUGACAUAGACACCGUGAAGCACCUGUGUGGCGACUGGUUCCCCAUCGAGUACCCAGACUCAUGGUAUCGUGAUAUCACCUCCAACAAGAAGUUCUUUUCCCUUGCCGCAACCUACAGGGGCGCCAUCGUGGGAAUGAUCGUAGCUGAAAUAAAAAAUAGGACCAAGAUACACAAGGAGGAUGGAGAUAUUCUAGCCUCCAGCUUCUCUGUUGACACACAGGUUGCGUACAUCCUAAGCCUGGGAGUAGUGAAGGAAUUCAGAAAGCACGGCAUAGGUUCCCUAUUACUUGAGAGUUUAAAAGAUCACAUAUCAACCACCGCCCAGGACCACUGCAAAGCCAUCUACCUGCACGUCCUCACUACCAACAAUACGGCUAUAAACUUCUACGAAAACAGAGACUUCAAGCAGCAUCACUAUCUCCCCUAUUACUAUUCCAUCCGAGGGGUCCUCAAAGAUGGCUUCACCUAUGUCCUCUACAUCAACGGUGGCCACCCUCCCUGGACCAUCCUGGACUACAUCCAGCACCUGGGCUCUGCACUAGCAAACCUGAGCCCCUGUUCCAUCCCGCACAGGAUCUACCGCCAGGCCCACAGCCUGCUCUGCAGCUUCCUGCCAUGGUCAAGCAUCUCCACCAAGGGCGGCAUAGAGUAUAGCCGGACCAUGUGA